AAACAAGCGUGUCCCACCUUGCUAAAAAGAUUUUUUCGAUGACGGGGAAAAACCAUUUCCGCCAUCGGGAUCCAGUUUUCCUGUGCUAAUUCGAAGACCGUACAACGGAGCUACUUCGAGUGAGCGAGUCGGAAAUUGACUGAGUCGUGUUGUCGGAGAGAUGGGCGGAGGAGGCGAGCACGGACACGGAGCUGAAGGCGCUCAUGGCGAUUUCAGGGGGAAGGUGUGGAGCAUGACCGGCGGCCCUUAUUGCCGCCCAAAGCACUGGCGCCGCAACACUGCCAUCGCCAUGGUCGGCGUCUUCCUCGUCUGCAUUCCCAUCGCCAUGAAAUCUGCGGAGCUCGAGCAACGGCCUCAUCUUCCUGUUCGUCCGAUCCCCUCGCAACUUUGGUGCAAGAACUUCGGGACUAAAGAUUAUAACAAAGUUGAAUGAAGCGGGGAGUCUCCCACUAGGUCUGAUCUGGCAGCAUUGGGAAACAAAAACCUAUUUCUUGUAUCUGAAGUUUGCAGCCAUUACUGAGUGUUAUCUUGGAUGGUUAAAUGUUGCAAUAAAUGAAGGUUUAAGGACUGGGGUUGUGUAUCUUUAUAUGAACUAUUGAGGAUGAGUUGCAUGUUUAAUGUGAUAAAGAAAUUUUAUUGUGAAAUGAACACAAGUUAAUUCUCAUUGCCGUUUGCAGUACACAACUGUAUAUAUAUUGGAUAAAUCUGCAGUCAUGCAGAUUUUUUUUUUUCCUUCUCUUUCUUAGAAGAAAUGAGAUUUCUUAUAUGUUUCAUUUUUAGUUAUAAGUAGAUCGUGGAGACUAAUGAUUCCUGAUUGAGGCUUCAUUUCUACGAUUUUGUCUCGAGUGAGUUUGUACAAUAUGGCGAGAUAUAUGAAUUAUCUGGUUGAUGGAUUUUGAUGGUAAAUUAUUUCUCCAAUUGUGUCGACAAA